AUGGCAGAUGAGAAGAAGAACGGCCUCACAGUUCUUGUGUGCGGAGGUGGAAAUGCGGCGCAGGUGGCAACUUCAAUGUUCGCUGCUCGGUACGAAACGUACGCCAUCUCCUUGUAUGCAGACGAAGCCGCCAACUGGAAGCAAGCCAUGAAGGGCCGGUGGCAUGACAAGGUUGAAGGCAUGGAGCUCACAUUGGAUACAGGCAAGAAAGUGGUGUCCAUGCCAGCAGACAUGACCAACGAUCCCAGCAUUUCCGCCAAGGCUGAUGUUAUCAUCUUGGCAGUUCCCUCUUUCGCACAUGGGCAAUACUUUGAAGCCUUCUACCCGUAUAUCAAGCCUGGCACAAUCGUCGCAUGCAUGCCAGCCCGGUCGGGAGGUGAUAUUCUUUUUGCUUCCAAGAUGAAGGAGAAGGCUGAUAGUCUGGCGUUCGUUGGGUUCGAGACACUGCCAUGGGCAUGUCGUUUCACCGAGUGGGGCAAAAGGGCCACGAUCCUCGGCACCAAAGGGCAGAUUCUGGCGGCUGUCACGCCGGAGAGUAAGGCCUCCCACGCCAUCGCAACCCUGCAGGGUCUCUUGGGCGUCUUUCCGGAGGUCCUGAAGAGCCCCAACAACCUGGGCAUCAGCCUGCGCAACCCGGGACAAGUCAUUCAUCCAGGAGUCAUGUAUGGCCGCUGGUGUUCUGAGAAGUGGGAUGGUCAGAAGUUGUCCGAGAAGCCUUUGUUCUAUCAGGGCGUUGAUGACUUCACAGAGGGUGUCCUCCUCGGGCUUUCUGACGAAGUGCAGGCAGUCUGCCGUAAGGUGGAGUCGUUGGUUUCGGGUUUCGACUUGAAGGACGCGUGCACGCUGCAUCAAUGGUACUUGGACUCGUACAAAGGACAGAUGGCGGAUGACUCCACGCUCAAGCUGUCCAUGAACACGAACAGUGCCUACACCGGCCUUACGCAUCCCAUGAAGGAAGUGGAUGGUGGCUUCAUGCCUGACUUGAAGUACCGAUACCUCGCCGAGGAUGUUCCGACAGGCUUGUGCUUCACCAGAGGACUCGCGGAGCUUCUGGAAGUGCCAACGCCCACCAUGGACAAGGUGAUCACCUUCGCCCAGGAGCACCUCGGCAAAAGCUUCCUGACUGAUGGCAAGAUGGCCGGUGCCAACAUUGGGGAAACGCGCGCACCGCAGGCUGUCGGAAUCAAUUCCAAGGAGGAGUUCUUCAAGAUGGCCAAGAUCGCCUGA